AAGCAUGAGCCAGGGUAAAGGGAUCAGCCAUUUGAAAAGAAGCCUGUGUGCCACCAGGAUGCCUAUGAAGUGGAUUUCAGUUCUGCUGCUGCUACAGCUGAGUGGUCACUUCAGCCCUGGGAGUUGUGGAAAGGUGCUGGUGUGGCCCACAGAAUACAGCCACUGGAUCAACAUGAAGACCAUCCUGGAUGCACUUGUCCAGAGAGGUCAUGAAGUGACUGUUCUGACAUCUUCAGCUUCAAUUCUUGUUGAUCCCAAUAAACCAUCUGCUAUUCAAUUUGAGGUUUUUCCUACAUCUUUAACAAAAGAUGAUAUGGUUUCUUUUUUCAUGCGGCUGAUCAAUAAAUGGACAUAUGAUCUGCCAAAAGAUACCUUUUGGACACAUUUUUCACUAAUGCAAGAAAUGUUUUGGGAAGGUUCUGACUUCAUUGAAAAGCUCUGUAAAGAUGCUGUUUUUAAUAAGAAACUUAUGACAAAACUACAGGAGUCAAGGUUUGAUGUUGUGCUUGCAGAUGCCGUUGGAGCAUGUGGUGAGCUGCUGGCUGAGCUACUUAAAAUACCUUUUGUUUACAGUCUCCGCUUCUCUCCUGGCUAUAAAAUUGAAAAGUACAGUGGAGGACUGCCAUUCCCUCCAUCCUAUGUACCUGUUGUCUUUUCAGAAUUAAGUGAUCAGAUGACAUUCAUAGAGAGGGUAAAAAAUAUGGUCUAUGUGCUCUAUUUUGACUUCUGCCUGCAAACAUAUAAUCAGAAGAAGUGGGAUCAAUUUCUGAACGAAGUACUAGGAAAACCCAUUACAUUAUUUGAGUUAAUGGGGAAAGCUGAAAUGUGGCUCAUUCGAACCUAUUGGGAUUUUGAAUUUCCUCGCCCAGUCUUACCACAUUUCGAUUUUGUUGGAGGACUCCACUGCAAGCCUGCCAAACCCCUGCCUAAGGAAAUGGAAGAGUUUGUCCAGAGCUCUGGAGAAAAUGGUAUUGUGGUGUUUUCCCUGGGGUCGAUGGUCACUAACAUGACAGAAGAGAAAGCCAAUGUGAUUGCAUCAGCCCUUGCCCAGGUUCCUCAAAAGGUUAUAUGGAGAUAUGAUGGCAAAAAACCAGACACCUUAGGGCCAAACACCCGGCUCUAUAAAUGGAUCCCCCAGAAUGACCUUCUUGGUCAUCCAAAAACCAAAGCCUUUAUAACUCAUGGUGGAGCCAAUGGCAUCUAUGAGGCGAUCUACCAUGGGAUCCCUAUGGUGGGUAUCCCUAUGUUUGCGGAUCAACCUGAUAACAUUGUUCGCAUGAAGACCAAGGGAGCAGCUAUCAGAUUGGACUUCAACACUAUUUCAAGUACAGAUUUGCUCAAUGCAUUGAAGACUGUCAUUAAUGACCCUUCAUAUAAGGAGAAUGCUAUGAAAUUAUCAAGAAUUCAUCAUGACCAGCCUAUGAAACCUCUAGAUCGAGCGGUCUUCUGGAUCGAGUUUGUCAUGCGCCACAAAGGAGCCAAACACCUGCGGCCAGCCUCCUAUGACCUCACCUGGUUCCAGUACCACUCUUUGGAUGUGAUUGGGUUCCUGCUGGCCUGUGUGGCAACUGCUACAUUUGUCAUCACAAAAUGUUGUCUGUUUUGUUACCAGAAGUUUGCUAAACCAGGAAAGAAGAAAAAAAGGGAGUAGUUGUUUCAAGGCCUGAGGCUGAUUUGCCUCAUAAAUGGGACUCCUUCAGUUUAUUCAGCACAAUGAAGUUCUAACAUAAGGAUCCCUUCUUCCUGUGACAAAAUGACUUCAUAACUUAGCUUCUAAGAUCAACAUUUGUUUUCAAGUGAUUUAGAUAAAAGUUUAUUUCCAAGUGGUUUACUACCUAUUUGAGGUAGAAAUAUUUCAUUCCAAAGAGAAAAAUCUUGGAAAAAUUAAAAAUAACUAACUCUUUGGGACUAUAUUGAACUUUACUGCUCUAAUUCACAAGCAAUACCAAAAAUAUUAUUGAGUUAAACAGUGUUUUAAAUAUUGUGCAUGACACAAAAAGCAUGAAGAAGUCUACUCAUAGUAUCCAUAGUAUUUUGCACUCAGAGUAUUUUAACUAGGAAUUCUGUAAAAGGGUUCACCCUUCCAUUUCAU